AUGGCAGGCCUUAGCAUCAGCGGCGUUGUGUCAUUCUUCUUACUGUUCAGCACCGCCUUUGCCCUGCCCUUCUUCGAUCUCCAGGGCUGGACACGCCUUCGACACAAGCCGCCGGUGUACGCUCCCUUUCCGACAUUGAGGCCGAGCUCAGCAGAAGGUGUCUUCGAAACAAGACCAGUCCCCACCGGCACAGGCACAGGCAUCCCCCUUCCCACAGGUGUAUUCCCAACAGCUCCCGGUCCAACAGCACCAGCACCAACAGGCUACUACAACAUCAAACGCAGCCUCGAAGAACGCUACCCCCCUCCAUCUCCAUACCUCCCUACCGGCUUCAGCACAGGUACUGGCACAGGCUAUCCUGGCCCUACUGCCCUCCCGCAGAUCCCAGAGUACCACCAUCGGCAGAAGCAAGUCAAGCAAUUCGGUGGCGUGCGACAAUAUCACUUCGAGCCUUACUUCCCAUACGAGCCACCAAAGUAUGGUGAGGGUGAGCCUGGACCGACGCCGACGGCGCCGACUGGGACUGGUGUUAUUCCAACGGCGACUGCGCCUCCGGUGCCGACUGGUUAUUGA